AUGGCGCCUGGAAUCAAGUCAAUCAUUGGACACAUCAAGAGGAAACCAUCCUCGGCUCCUGAUCGAAAAUCAGGCAAUGAGGCAGCCUCAGCUCCAAAGGUCGAGAAGACCUCGGUCCUGCACGAUUUGACCCACCUCAACAUGAAAGAUGCGAAGACAUUGGCAUCAGCACUUCCUGCUCUGGCAUCUGGUGAUCCUCUGGACGACAAAGAUCUGAUGCUAGAGAAUGGCGUUGCCAUGCUGCAAUCCCUCCCCGCGAACAGUGGUUUGUCUGCUGCUACCUCAGACGCCUUCAUCAAAAUGUUGUACCACGACCUACCGCAUCCCUCUACAACAAUGGCAGGACCAACGUCAAAGUACAGAAGACAUGAUGGCGGCAACAACAAUCCAUGGAAUCCAGAGAUGGGAAAGGCGGGCACUCCAUACGCAAGGAACGUGCCUCCCAACAAACCAAAAGGACCCAAUCUCCCAGAUCCCGAACUCGUGUUUGAGCAGCUUAUGAAGCGCAAGGGACCUUUCCGAGAGCAUCCAUCCGGUCUGAAUCGCUUGUUCUUCUCCUUCGCAACAAUCGUCAUUCACGAGUGCUUUCAGACUAAGAGAAAAGAGCCAUGGAUCAACGAAACUUCAAGUUACGUGGACCUGAGUACUCUCUAUGGUAACACGGAGAAAGAGCAGGUACGUGUACGUACCUACAACAACGGCUUGAUAUAUCCGGAUUCGAUCGCAUCUGAGCGUAUCAUGCUUAUGCCGCCGGGUGUGGUGGCUUUACUGGUACUGUUCUCGAGAAACCACAACAGCAUUGCCGAGUCCUUGCUGUCCAUCAACGAGGAAGGCAAGUACAAGUACAAGCCUUGGGGAGAGCUCAGUAAGGAGGAACAGGUAUGGCAAGACAACGACAUCUUCCAAAUAGCAAGAAACAUCAAUGUCGGCUUCUUCGCCACAGUCGUCCUCAAAGAUUACGUCGCCGCCAUCCUCAACACUCCACGAGCGAACUCCACUUGGUCACUCGACCUUGGCAAGGAAAUCAAGAGUGCCGGACAACGAGUGGAGAGAGGCACCGGAAACGUCGUCUCCACCGAAUUCGCCGUACUCUACCACUGGCAUGCAGCUCUCAGCGCCGCAGAUGACCAAUGGAUGGAGGCAGUGUUGCGCAAGCACGUACCUGAGCUCAAGGGCCUGGACCAGAUGACGACCAAGCUGUUCUACGAAAGAGUCAUGGGAGCAGAGGCAGAGCACUUGAACUCUCUCGAGCCACGGCAAUGGACAUUCGGCGGCCUGGAGCGUGACGCAACUGGACGAUUCAACGAUGUUCAACUUGGUGAGUUGAUCAAAGACUGCGUCAACGAGCCAGCGCACGCUUUCGGAGCCCACGGAACACCAGAGUCCUUGAAAGUGGUAGAUAUUCUUGGUCAAAUGCAGGCAAGGAACCAGUUCAACGUCUGCACGAUGAACGAAUUCCGCAGUUACCUCAAUCUCAAGGCAUAUGGUAGCUUCGAGGAGUGGAACCCAGACAAGGAAACCGCGCGUGCGGCAGAAUUACUUUACGGCCACAUCGACAACCUUGAGCUGUACCCUGGACUGAUGGCCGAAUGCACAAAGCCCGCGAUGCCAGGUAGCGGUGUUUGCCCCGGCCAAACAACCGGUCGUGGUAUCCUCGACGACGCAGUGGCCCUGGUACGUGGAGACCGCUACCUCUCCUACGACUUCAACAGCAACACCUUGUCGAACUGGGGUGUCAGCAAGCUUGGGGACAUCCCAGGUGGAACUUACGGAGGAAUGCUGCCACAUCUCUUGUUCACCGGUCUUCCCAACUCUUUCACUGGAACGUCUCCGUACGCUCUGCUGCCUUUCUACACCCCAAAGGCUGUGAAGGAAAUCUUGCAGGACAACAAAGCGAUUGAGAAGUACGACUUGGUCCGACCGCCUCCAGAUGGCACUGUCGUCGGUAUUCACACUCGAACUGGUAUCAAAGCCGUUCUAGAAGAUGCCAACAGCUUCCGACCAUUGUCCCUGCCAUCCGUCGAACGACUGAGUACAGGACGUGAGUUCAUGUUCGGCUUCCACGGAUCUCAGAGCAACAAAUCAACCACACUGCAGAAAAUCUUCUUCGAAGAUGGAUUCGAGGAGAAUGUCAGCAAGUUCUUCCAAACUACGACAGCACGCUUAAUCCAGCAAUGCUCACUCAAGUACUCUAGCGCUAAGCGCUCGAUCGAUGUCGUGCGAGACAUCACCAACGUGGCGCCGAUCAUGUGGCUCGCAAAUCGGUUUGCGAUACCACUGAAGACCCCGGAGACUCCGAAGGGACUGGUCACGCUGCCUCGUUUAUUCGACAUGUACCUCGCCCUCUUCCUCUACUCCAGCUUCAACGUCCGAGCGGGCCGUGAGUGGAAGCUCAGAGAGAACGCCGAGUACGCCGUGUCCACACUGGGCGAGAUCCACGAAGCUCACCUCAAGACUCAGCAAGGCGUCAAGGAGCACAUCGUGGACUGGCUAGCUAAGGGCUCCGCGUACGAAGUCGGCCCAGAUGCCGACCGCAUCUACAAAGCUCUCCUGGCCACCAAGCAACCCAUCCCCGAGCUUGCUGGCGACUGCUUAGGUAUCGGCGCUACAGUGGCUGGCAUCAUCACCCAGCAAGCUUCGCUUCUCAUCGACCUCUUCCUGCAGCCCAAGUACGCCGAGUCCAAGAAGCGAAUCGUCCAGCUCGCGCACCUCAACGAUGCAGCCUCGAACAAGGAGCUGCAAGGUUUCAUCUUCGAGGGCAUGCGCCACGCAAGCGUCGUUCCCGGCCUCCCCCUCGUAGCCAAGAAGGACGUCGUCGUCCAGGAUGGCGAGCGCGGUCCCGUCAACGUGCGUGCGGACCAGAAGGUCCUCGUCGCAGCUUCGAAGGCUGCCAUGGAUCCUCUGGCGUUCCCUAACCCGGAGAAGCUGGACCCUCACCGGCCGUUUGAGUCGUAUACGCUCCUGGGCCAUGGACCGGGUGCGCGGGUUGUUGGACCGGCUAUUGCUGGGAUGCUUAAGGAGGUCUUUAAGCUGAUCGAUCUGAACCGCGCUGCUGGGCGGCUGGGACGGUUCAGCUUUUUGGAGUAUAAGGUUGGAGGCGCGGAGAUUAAGCAUUAUCUUGAUGCCAACUCGUCGGAGUCGCCGAUGCCGACGACGUUGACGCUUGAGUACUACGACAACGGUGCUUUGACCAAUGGAUUGGCGAACGGGACGACUAAUGGUACGGCGAUGGCAAAUGGUACGAAGACGUACUAG